AUGGUUGAAGUUGGCCAAAGAAUCCUGCAAUCUGACUCAAUUGGUUCAAACGAUGUUGCUCAAGAAGCCCUUAGAAAGGCCAUUGCAUUCUACGAUAUUGAGAAAACACUAACAGUUGAUGAAAGGGUUACUUUGGCAAGAGUCUAUGCAAAAGUUGCAAGCUAUACUGUUGGCUUUGGUUGGGCUGGGUUUAUAGGUGGUUUCUCAUCGCCAUUUGCUCUCAAGUACUUUAGAACUGGAAGCGCCAAAGGUGCUAAUUUGAAAGUGGGUAUUUUGAUUGGACUUUUUAACAUGAUGUUCAGUGGAAACUAUGGAGCAAGAUAUUGCAGGAGACUUGAGCUCCAGAAUUAUCCUGAAGAUGCAAAGAUUCAUAAAAUUAUAAAGCAUUUACCCCCAUAUGGUGCUUUUGGUUGGAAAAAAUACUACGAACGUACAAUAGAGGAUCCAAGUUCUGUUAUCAAAGAUCCCAGACGUCUUUAUGAUAAAAAUUUUCGGAAAAGUACGUUUCUCAACAAUGAUGAUAUGUUAGGAUUAAAGAGAAACACCAAAAGUUUCGAUGAACCUCACAAAGUUUUUUCGAAAGAAGCACUAAACGAAAAAUAUAAACAUAUUGAUCAGUCUGAUAUUGCAAAACUUGGGUUGUCUAUCAGCGAAGACAGACUAUCAAAUGCUGGUGAUUCAGAAGAUAACAGUUUAACUUCUUGGGAAAGAAUUAGAAAAUCUAAUAACAGUCCUACCCAAGAGGAGUCUUCAUGGAAUAAACUAAGAAAUCAACAACAAUCCGUCAGAAAGGACUCUACAGAUUCGUCUGAAAUUCUGGAAUAUGAAAAAAUAUUACAGCAAGAAGAAAAGUUCAUCAAAGAACAAAUAGAAAAAAAUGAUGAUAAAUGGAGUUGA